UAACCCUCUAAAUUUUAGCCACAAAAUUCAUCCAAAAAAAAGUCUAAAAAAAAAACUUGCAGCGGCAUCCACCACCGGAGCUGCCAUCAUCGGCCCGUCCCUCCGUGUCAACCCCCUCCUCAGAAGUUCUAUUUGCAGUUCGGCCCCUGGCCGGUCCGCCCGGCCACCGGAAGGAGCCGCUCGCCGGAGGAAGGCCCCCCUGUCUCCUUGCCCUGCGGCGGGUUCAUGGGGUUCUCGCUGUACCCCAUGAAGACGUCCACGCGGCUGCUCUGGAGCACUAGCUUCUUCCGCCAUAAGCUCAGCUCCUCCUCCUGCUUCCUCUGAGCCCGCCACGAUCGUGUUGUCGGCGGCGGCGGCGGUCCGCUGCUGCUGCGCGGUCCUAGCAUCCGUUCAAGUUUGUGUUUGUGUUUGUGUUUGUGUUCGUGUGCGCGCACGCGCGUACCGGCGUACGGGUUUCAAGAUUGGGUUUUGUUGCGUUCUUGGGGAGAGGAAGGGACUAGGGCGCGGGCAAGAAUCAGCAUAGCAUGGAUCCGAGCGCGGUCAGUUUCGACUCCGGCGGCGCGCGGCGGGGCGGCGGCGGCGGCGGCGCGCAGAUGCUGCUCUUCGGCGGCGGAGGCAGCGCCAACAGCAACGGCUUCUUCCGAGGUGUUCCGAUGGCGGUCCUGGGCAUGGACGACGCGACGCGCGUGGGCAAGCGGCCUUUCUUCACCACGCACGAGGAGCUCCUGGAGGAGGAGUACUACGACGAGCAGGCGCCCGAGAAGAAGCGCCGUCUGACGGCGGAGCAGGUGCAGCUGCUGGAGCGGAGCUUCGAGGAAGAGAACAAGCUGGAGCCGGAGCGCAAGACCGAGCUGGCUCGCCGCCUCGGGAUGGCGCCUCGCCAGGUGGCCGUCUGGUUCCAGAACCGCCGCGCGCGCUGGAAGACUAAGCAGCUCGAGACCGACUAUGACCGCCUCAAGGCUGCCUACGACGCGCUCGCCGCCGACCACCAGGGCCUCCUGGCCGACAACGAUAGCCUCCGGGCACAGGUGAUCUCCCUAACGGAUAAGCUGCAACGCAAGGAGACAUCCCCGUCGGCGACCACUGCUGCCCAAGAGGUCGACCAGCCAGACGAACACACCGCUGCGUCAGGCACUGAGAAACUGCUGGUGCAGCAGCUCAAGGACGACCUCCACAGCAGCGGCGACUUCACUGGCCAUGGUGCCCUCUCUUCAGAGGAAGAGGAUGGUGGUGUGGUCAGCGACGAGGGCUGCAGCUUUGAUCUCCCGGAUGCCAUGUUCGCUGCCGGGGUCACCCACCAUGGCGCCGAGGAGGCGCAGCUGGCCAACUGGACAUCCUGGUUCUGGAACUGAUUUCCAUCAGUGGAGGGAUGGCUGCAUCAAGUGCAAAGAGCAAAUCCUCUCCUGGCUUCGACCCUUUUCUGCACCAUAUAAUUACUGUGUUAAUUAUGUGCCGUGAUGCCGUCAGAUGUUUUCAAGUAAAUGAAUUGUUACUGAUGUUGUAAGUUUAAGUUUUUGAAGAUUUUAUAUGUUCAUAUAUAAAUAAUAUGCUUUGAACAUAAGACUCGAAAAGUCGAAAAUAAGUGGACGUGGAGACCUGUUGUGCACUACAGCACUAGCAGCCCGCAUGAGUUUUUAUGCUGCUUUUAGACAUGAAAAUGUAUAUCCAACUUGUGCUUGUGAAUAAGAUGAUGAAAGUAUAUCCAA